AUGCCCGCCCUCCCCGCCGUCAAGGACGCCGUCGUCGGCCUCAUCGGCAUGGGCGAGAUGGGCCGCAUGUACGCCGACCGCCUGUCGCGCACCCCGAACCAUUGCGCCCGCAUCAACGUGUGCGACCUCCCCGACCGCUACGACUCGCUCGUCGACUACUGCCGCGACAAGCCCCGGCUCGUCCCGCUCCGCGACGGCCACCUCGUCGCCCGCGAGAGCGACUUUGUCGUCUACUCGGUCGAGGCGGCCUACAUCGACCACGUCGUCGCCCAGUACGGGCCCUCGACCAAAGUCGGCGCCAUCGUCGCAGGCCAGACGAGCGUAAAGGCCCCAGAGCGCAAGGCGUUCGAGCAGCACCUGCCCGCCGACACCCACAUCGUCUCGAUCCACUCGCUCCACGGCCCGACCGUCCCGUCCGACAACCAGGCCCUCAUCGUGAUCCAGCACCGCGCGACCUCGGAGCACGUCAAGUUUGUCAAGCAGCUCCUCGCGCCCCUCAACUCGCGCUACGUCGACCUGUCGUACGACGAGCACGACGAGGUGACGGCCAACACGCAGGCCGUGACGCACGCCGCCUUCCUGUCGAUGGGCACCGCCUGGUGCUGCAUGGGCCAGUUCCCCUGGGAGCUCGGCCGCUACAUCGGCGGCAUCGAGGUCGUCAAGAUCAACAUCACGCUGCGCAUCUACGCCGCCAAGUGGCACGUCUACGCCGGCCUCGCGAUCCUCAACCCGCGCGCCCAGGAGCAGAUUCACCAGUUUGCCCAGUCGGCCAGCGACCUGUUCAAGCUCAUGAUCCAGUCCAAGGAGGACGAGCUGCGCGAGAGGGUGUUUGCCGCGCGCGACUUUGUCUUUGGGCCCUCGUCGGCGGCGGCGUCUUCUUCCUCGGCGGCACCAUCCUCCUCUCCUACCUCGACCUCGGCCGCCCCGGCACCGGCACCACCGCCCAUCCUCCUGUCCGACACAACCCUCGACCGGUUCGCGAUCGGCGAGCCCCCCUCGGCGUCGGCCGCGGCCGCCCUCCCGCCCAACUCGCACCUCGCCCUCCUCGCCAUGGUCGACUGUUGGCACCAGCUGCGCAUUCGCCCCUUUGUCCACCUCGCCCUCGCCGCGACGCCCGUCUUCCGCUUCUGGAUCGGCGUCGCAGAGUACCUCUUCCGCGACGAGGCGCGCCUCGAGGCGGCCGUGCACGCUGCCGGCGGCGCGAGUGGCCAGGGCGUCGCGUUCAGCAGCGACGACGCAGAGUUUGUCAUUGCCGCGAGGGGCUGGAGCGACACGGUGCGCUACGGGAGCUUUGACGCGUACAAGCAGCGGUUCGACGAGACGCGCAAGUUCUUCGAGCCUCGCUUCGAGGAGAGCCGCAUCGCCAACCGCGACAUGUUUGCGUUCCUCGCCGAGGAGGAGCCCAUACGACUGGCCAAGCUCGACAAGGACGAGUCGUAGCCCCUAUCCCCACUCUCCUGCAACGAGACGCACGUCGAGCGAG